AGUAGAUUAGUACGGAAUAAAUACUUGUAUAAUGGCUCGCACCAAGCAAACUGCCCGAAAAUCGACCGGUGGCAAAGCGCCUCGCAAGCAGCUGGCUACCAAAGCUGCUCGUAAAAGUGCACCAGCCACCGGUGGUGUAAAAAAGCCACAUCGUUAUCGCCCCGGUACAGUUGCACUUCGUGAGAUCCGCCGCUACCAGAAAAGCACUGAGCUAUUGAUUCGCAAACUGCCAUUCCAGCGUUUGGUUCGUGAGAUAGCUCAGGACUUUAAAACUGAUUUGCGAUUCCAAAGUUCAGCGGUAAUGGCAUUACAGGAAGCUAGCGAAGCCUAUCUGGUUGGUCUUUUUGAAGAUACAAAUUUGUGCGCAAUUCAUGCCAAGCGUGUUACAAUCAUGCCCAAGGACAUUCAAUUGGCCAGACGUAUUCGUGGUGAACGUUUAAAAGAAAUGUCUGAUUCUAUCGUUGCUGUUACAUCGGCCGCCUCUCCGAUUGCCAUUGCACAAGCGGAGAAAAAGGUCACUGUCAAGAAGGCAACUGCCGCCAAAUCGAAAAAAGCUACAGCUCCACCAUCACAUCCGCCAACCCAGCAAAUGGUCGACGCGUCAAUCAAGAAUUUGAAGGAGCGCGGUGGGUCAUCACUUUUGACUGCCGAGAAAAAGACAAAGGAGAAGGCAAAGGCAAAAGACGCAAAGAAAAGUGGUACAGUUAAGGCAAAAUCAACUACAUCGAAGCCUAAAUCGAGUGCUGUAAAACCAAAAACUCCAAAGGCCAAAACUACUACUACUAGUGCCAAGCCAAAGAAGACAGCAUCGGCACCGAAAAAACCAAAGGCUGCAGCUUCCGCCAAAAAGAAAAUGUCUGGUCGUGGUAAAGGUGGUAAAGUAAAGGGAAAGGCAAAGUCGCGUUCGAAUCGAGCUGGCCUUCAAUUCCCAGUUGGCCGUAUCCACCGCCUGCUUCGCAAGGGUAACUAUGCUGAACGUGUUGGUGCCGGCGCUCCUGUUUACCUGGCUGCUGUUAUGGAAUAUUUAGCCGCUGAAGUUCUGGAGUUGGCUGGCAAUGCAGCACGCGAUAAUAAAAAGACGCGCAUAAUUCCACGUCACCUGCAACUGGCUAUUCGUAAUGACGAGGAGUUAAACAAGCUCCUCUCGGGCGUAACCAUUGCUCAGGGUGGUGUUCUACCUAACAUCCAGGCGUACGGAAUAAAUACUUGUAUAAUGGCUCGCACCAAGCAAACUGCCCGAAAAUCGACCGGUGGCAAAGCGCCUCGCAAGCAGCUGGCUACCAAAGCUGCUCGUAAAAGUGCACCAGCCACCGGUGGUGUAAAAAAGCCACAUCGUUAUCGCCCCGGUACAGUUGCACUUCGUGAGAUCCGCCGCUACCAGAAAAGCACUGAGCUAUUGAUUCGCAAACUGCCAUUCCAGCGUUUGGUUCGUGAGAUAGCACAGGACUUUAAAACUGAUUUGCGAUUCCAAAGUUCAGCGGUAAUGGCAUUACAGGAAGCUAGCGAAGCCUAUCUGGUUGGUCUUUUUGAAGAUACAAAUUUGUGCGCAAUUCAUGCCAAGCGUGUUACAAUCAUGCCCAAGGACAUUCAAUUGGCCAGACGUAUUCGUGGUGAACGUGCAUAAGUUGAAAUUUCAGCGCUUCAUUUUCCAAAUUAUAAAAUCAAUAAUCGGUCCUUUUCA